GUGUCGGUCACACUAAUCUCGACGUCGGCCAUCUUAAAAGUGAAAAAAUUUAUUCUGAAAAAAUCAGUAAAAUUGUAAUUAUUUCUAAGUUCUGCACGUAAAUAAAUAAGAAAAGUAUGGGUUCCCGCAACGAGUGCCGAAUAUACGUUGGAAAUCUGCCACCAGAUAUCCGCACCAAGGACAUCCAGGAUCUUUUUCACAAAUUCGGCAAAGUUACAUUUGUGGACUUGAAAAAUCGGCGUGGUCCGCCAUUUGCUUUUGUCGAAUUCGAAGAUGCGCGCGAUGCUGACGACGCGGUAAAAGCCCGCGACGGCUAUGACUACGAUGGCUAUCGCCUGCGCGUCGAGUUCCCGAGGGGCGGCGGACCCGGCAGCUACCGUGGAAAUCGCAACGACCGCAACAAUGGGCGUGAUGGUGGUCGCAUGGGCGGACGUGGUCCUCCGGCCAAACGGUCUCAAUACCGUGUUAUGGUAACCGGGCUGCCGCCCUCUGGCUCCUGGCAGGAUCUCAAGGAUCACAUGCGCGAGGCUGGCGACGUCUGCUUUGCCGACACCUACAAAGACGGCUCUGGCGUGGUUGAAUUCCUGCGUCACGAGGACAUGAAGUACGCCAUAAAGAAAUUGGACGACUCGCGUUUCCGUUCGCAUGAGGGUGAGGUUGCCUACAUUCGGGUGCGCGAGGAUAGCGGCGAAAACGACCGCAGUGGCGGGAGUGGAGGAGGAGGAGGCGGUGCUGGUGGUGGCGGCGGUGGAGUAGGUGGUGGCAGCAGCGGAGGCGGUGGCCGUGACUACCGUGACAGGUCUCGUUCGCGCUCAUUCUCAUCGAGACCGCGUCGACGCGGCACUCCGACAUACUCUCCGGUGCGCCGUCAAUCCUAUUCCAGGUCUCGCUCACGCUCUAAUUAUUAAACACUACCAAUCAUCAUCCAUUAAUAUAUAAUAAUUCGUACGAGCCGAAAAAGCAAGAUCAACACUUCCCUUUAAUUUUAACCAAGCAAUCAAUUCACCUUGUAAAUUGACUAUCAAGCCACCGUGUUCCAUCAUUUAAUCAAAGCACACAUCAGUCAAACCAAAUUCGGAACAGAGCAUCAGAAACCAACACCACAGAAACUUGCUUUUACAACAGAACAGUGCCACACGAUUUGAGGCAGAGAAACUCUUUUUAAACUACAUUUAACGCCGAACCCAAUGAUCUGAUUUGACUAAAACUUUUCGCAAAACUAAAAUUGAAACUCAAGAAACUAUUUUUGGCGAGCCUCCCUUGUUAAGUAUUCCUUGUUUUAUCGAUUUUAAUUGUCUGCAACUGGCUUUUUUUCGCCAAUAUUUUAUUACUUGGCUGCAAAUACCAAGCAUUUUUUUAGAAUUUACCCUAAAAAAGCAAAAGCAGCAAAAACAAAACAAGAAAAAAGAACAUCGAUUCCGAAUAAAUAAGCCUGCAAUGAUAACGAAAAUGAAACCAAAAACAAAAAAACCAGAACACAAAACGCAA